UCCAAUUAAUAAGGCCCGUGCUCAAUAAUAACAACAACGAAGAUGGCGACAUUGAUAUGAAUGUAGAGUGUAAAUAUGGAGAAGACAGACAUGGCAACCACCUGUAGACCAGCGCGAUUAAAAUUACAGAGACUAAUAAUUGUAGUAACUAUGGGAUGUAUAGUUGGCUAUGGCGUCUUCAGACUAACUUCACAUGGAUUCGCCUUCCUCUCUCCUCCAACAUUACCAAUGACAUUACGCCAAUACUACCAUCGAUUCAGUGUUGAAGAAGAUAAAUUUCUGGUUACCUAUUUACCUAGAGAUUGGACAGGUGGAAUAAAUCAUAUAAUUGAUAUACCAAAUUGGAUAACAGUUAUUGUUAGUGAAUUUCCAACAGCACCACCCCAAUGUCGAACACCAAAAUGCUUCUACUUAGGACAGUUUGAAAUGGACCUUCUCAAUUUUACUGUGAUGCGACAUCUACAGGGGCGACAAAAGAUACUGUUGGGUCAGAUGGCAGCAAUGAUCCUGGGAGCUGAACAGAUUCUAUCGAUUGAUAUCGACCGAAUUCCUAUUGAUGGAUUCAAACAACUGAACUUUAUGGAUAAAACAAAUGGCUUCGUGCACAACGGAAGUUCUAUUUUUAAUCCGUAUGCCCUAAGACGGCAUUCGUUUUCAACAGAUCAUGUUUUUUCUUACAAAGACCCGACAAAUCCAUUGCUAUACGCAGCGCUUCGGAGUAACCAGAAAGUUCCUAAUAGUGUCCUCCCUGAUACAUAUCCUCAAACGUUUUAUCUUUCCCAGGGGAGCUUCAUCAACCUUGACCAGAUGGAGGUCGUUUACAGCCAUGAUGCAUUCUGGGCAAUGAUACAUCCGGUAAUGCGUAAUAUACUUGGAUACGGAGAACUGAACUCAUUUUGGGCCCAAAAACUAGUUUUUGCGCUUGGUAAGGACAUUUCUGUUAUUGGCCCAAUAACGAUUAGCCAUCAAAAUAGCAAUGGUUCAUUUAGAAUUGAUGAUGCUUCCGACGAUUUUAAAUCAGAUGUUUUGAGUAGUCUAAAUAAAUUCUGGUGCUCUAAAGUUCUCUUUACCAGCUGUGCCGAAAAAAUGAUGAAACAUUUAAUCAAGUACAGACUGUUUCCGCCAGAAUCAUUGAGAAUUUUGAAGGACUAUUUUGUAGAUUUACAAGCAAUACAUUAUCAUUUCCCAGUCAUUCUGCCAUAUCCGAUAUCCGUUAGACACGAUUUUAAGAUUUUUCUGUCCCAAAAGUUUCGAGUAAACCCACAGAGGAAAUCAAUCAUCAAGUAUUCCAACUUGCGUAAAAUUUGUCCUGGAAGGGACUUUUGGUGGCAUCACCCAGUUAUUAAGGACAUUUUAUUGAUUAUUACUUUCAGUAGUGUAAAAGAUUAUGAGAACAUUCCUUUACUCGAUGUCAUGUAUCGACGUUGGUUCAGUCAUAUUGUGUAUUGUGGACCAGGAGUUCCUGGUUUUACGGACUUUCUGAAAAGGCAUCAUUUUCCAUCCGCAUUUUUAAAUGUUUACUUUUUGGAUGGAAUGGAAGCGUCAGGAUUAUUUAUUCAAAAAUGCAUGAUGGCUGCAAUGGUGAUGAACUUCCGGGUCAAAGGCUAUAUGCAAAUAAGCUCAGACACCUUGCUGAACCCCUGGUCGGUGAUGCCUUUUCCAAGAGAGAAGAUAUCGUUGGUCGGGAAUAUGGGCAUUAUUAAAGUGGCUGUGGAUAAAAUGAAAUACUGGGGCUGGUGGGAAAAACCUUGUGGUAAGGCAGCUUGGAUGACAUUCUUUUCCUUGCUAGAUAACGCACGGAACAAAGACCCUUUAUCGAAAACUUUUCUAGAAACGUUUGCGGAUAACACUAAACCGAAUACAGCCUACUACUGUGGUUGGAGUCUUUUUUAUGUCCCAAGUUCAGUUCGCGAGCAGUUCAUCCAUGCUGCUAACAAGACAUUGGCCAGUGGUCUAAUGAAUGAGUUGGCUUUAGCAGCUAUAGUUCUUGGCAUCCAGAAGCAAUCUAGCUUCCACAAAAUAAAAGACCAUAGUUUAUGGGGCGAUGAUAGCCUUCGAUAUGAUCAACUCUACAAAGUAACGGAUGUCUAUAUGUAUCCGUUCCAGCUACAGAAGAUACUAAAAACUCCUAAGGGACAAACCUUUUUCUGUAACGUUUAUCUACAGAAUUCCGAAGACCAACUCAAUCCCCUGAAGAGGAAAAGAGGAAAAUAAAUACAUGUAUUUAUAAAUAUAUCUUUAUUGUUGGGCGAGCGGCAGGGUACUGGACUGUGGGGCUGACAUGGAAUGUGGGCAUAGUCGUUAGUAUCUUGGAAUUAAAAAUCAAGGUCAACACCCAUCCCAAACCACCUUCGCACUGCACACAUAACCAUCGAAAUAAGAAGUACCGUAUGUUAGUCUCAAAAUUUAUUGUAUUAUGAAGACGUUAAACCCCAUUCCGUGUAUUGUAGUGGAUGUUGCGUUUUGUGUGGUGUCAUUGUUCCGAGAUACAAUCAUUCGGAAAUGUUCAAACCGGCGCCACAUUUGUCAGAGGUGAAGCAUACUGAACUGACAAAAAAAAGUAUGUCUAGUCGUCCAGAUGAGACAAUGAACGAAACUCCAAAAUUUAGGUGGAUUUCGUCAACUUAACUUACCAUCGAUAUACAAAAAUAAUCUGGGCAAAACAAAUGUGAUUUUCAUCUAGUCUUUGCUAUCUGUUUAAGGCUAUAAUAAUUUCUGCAGGUCAGCGAUUUCCUAAAACGAUUUGGGUGCCCAAUAGCCCAGUAAGUAGGAUGCUAGCUCACUAGCCAGGGGGUCCAGUGUUCGAUUCGGGUGUUUUUGUGAUUUUUAUAUGCCCACAGUAGUCACCCUGUCAGUCAAUAACUGGUUUGUGAACGAGUUCGAGAGUGUUUGACGGAUCUUUUUAAAAUUUAUUCUGGCCAUGAGAGGACGAACUCUAUGGAUACUCAUCGUUCCAAGGUUAUGGCUCUUUUGCAAAUUACAGUGUGGACGCGUCACAGGCUAUUGUUUUUAACUGAUAUUUUUAAAACUUGGGAAAACAUUGGAGCCUAUCGAAUCCCAUCGUUCCUCGACUUCCCGAAACAUUUGUGAACGCGAUAGAGGCUAUAGUUUUUGAGGAUCUAUUAUCAAGGUGUGUGUGUGGGGGGGGG